AUGACUUUCUGUCCAAACCAACACGGAGACUCAACCUCUGGCCAAGCUCCUCAGUUCCACAACUCAGCUCGUCACGCGGCCGCUGACCCUCACGUCAUUUACGACUCCAGCAGUGGUUUGUAUUGUGCGUAUUCCACCGAAGGCGCUGAUGAGGGGAGUGUAUUCGCUAUAUACAGCAGCCCUGAUCUUUCCACGUGGCACAAGCACCCAGGUGGCGUGCUCAAAGCCUGCUACGAUGAUCUCAUGCAGACCAUAGAGGGCGGCCAGGCGUGUUGGGCCCGCGAUUGGCUCUGGGCGCCGGAGACGUAUUACAACGACAAGACGGGAUGGUACUUUUUCUUCUUUGCUGGGCGUCUACGCGAAGAUAUGACCAAGGAUUACUUCCGAUACUCCAAGUUUGAAGAGCCAUCCAAGCUUGGUGUAGCAGUGUCUCGCUCGCCAACGGGGCCGUUCAGAGAGAUUGAGUCCAAGCCGAUGGAUUACUACCCUUUCGACCCCGACUAUCACGACGUCAAUCUCAUCAUGGAUGAAGAUCAAAUGUUACCGCCACAAAGCCUCAGCAAAGGCAAGACGGCUCCUAAGGGCACAUACAUUCCCACUAUUGACCCAAACAUCUUUUUCGACACCGACGGCCGCAUCUAUCUUUACACGUCCCGGAAUGCGUACCGAAACUGGAACUGGGAUGACACGUUGGAUAAGUACAUUGAGGAAUCCAACAUCAUCGUCGUCGAACUUGAGCGGCACUGGUGGGACGAUCCAACUGCUUCCACCAUGCCAGAGAUUAUGGCCUCUGAGAUCAAUAUCCACGUCGACGAUGCCCCAAAUCUACCUUCGAAUAUUACCUCAUACAAUGGGACCGGUGAAAUCGGGCACCCGCCGCGCAAGGAUGGCUGGAAGACUGUCAUCUCGUACGGCGACGAUCCUCAAGAGUGGGAAAAUUUUCACGUCAACGACUAUCAGGCCUACAAUGGCACAAAGAAAGACCGUCGAUGGUCUGAAGGAAGCACAGUUAUCACUCGGCCGGACAGUAAAAGCGGCAAACCAGUGUACCUGCUCACCUACAGUGCCAACAACUACGAAGCAUCCAACUACGGAGUUGGCUUUGCCACUGCAGCGUCUCCAUUCGGUCCUUUCAACAAGUCAUCGCGGAACCCGAUACUCGCCCAAGCCCCCAAUGCAGAGAUACCGAUUUAUUCUACCGGGCAUGGAAGCAUCGUCGCCUCCCCUCCUCGUAAAGGUAAUGUUGGCACACAGGAUGUCACACGCCAGACCCCAGAAGGAUCAGAGCUCUUCUAUGUCCACCACGCUCGCAACUCCACGGCUAGUGCUCGAUCCAUCUACAGUACACGCAUGACACUCGAUACAGCGGGGAUUUAUGUUGGCUCUGAUGAUGCUAUGAGCAUGCACUUAACUCCACUGGACCAGCCGCUACCAAAGGGCACGUACCCGAUCCAGAUGGAAAGCAGCUGCUUAAGGAGCCGAUAUACAGGACGGCGCUUCACCGUUAGUGUCACUUCGAAGAAGAACGGCUCGUUUGAUCUACUGGAAGAUUCCAAUAGAGUUGUUGCGCUCCCUGGAGCUAAGGUAGCAACGUAUAUUGCUGCGGACGAAGAUAAAAGUGGUUCAUUUAUUCUUAAAUUCGGCGGAAGCAUCGUAAAGGAAUUAGCGUACCAGCGAUUAAGCGUGGAUGGCACUUGGUCAACUGUUGUCAGCGAUCGAGUUCAUUGCAGGUAGUCGCAAACGGGAGCGUCAUGUCUAGCCCGAAGUCUUGAUGACUUACACC